UCAGAAGCUGCAGGAAAUGAGUAAAGUGGGGGGUGGGGUUGAGACUGAGAAGCUGCUUUGAGCGGAGAAAGGGGAAGGAACUGAGCCUGCAGCAAACCUGACAGCAUUGACCGGCCACUGGGUCACUCUCUGUCCCCUUCCCCAGUCCCUCGCUCUCCAGUCCCGGGGGCUCAGCUACAGCCUGGAGAGAUACCGCAGACACAACGGGCUGAAUGGUCUUCCUCAGUGCAAUAAUAUUCCAGAAUGCACAGUGUUGGGUGGCCAUGCCGGUUGGGAUCUUAGCCGUGUGCCUGGUCAUGGUGGUCACUGUGAUCAAUCAGCCGUUCACCUUCCAGGAGGCCAGGUGGAACGGAGAGCAGCAGCAGGAGCUGGAGACCCUGAGGCGGAUGAAGGAGCGGGAGGAACAUCUUCAAGCUGAAAUGUGGAGGCUGGAGAGGGAAUUGGCAGAGUCGUCUCCCGGGGAAUUGGGAUUGGAGUCUAGCGGGGAGCCGGGGAAGGGGCAGGAGUACAGCUGGAACCUGUGGAGUGCUCUGUCCGUGGCUGCGUUCCUUUUGUUGGAGAUCUGGAGACAGGACACGGAACCGCGGUGUCUGCAGGAGGUGACGGACGAGGACGAAGACUCUGGUGCCAUCGGGGAGUCGUGGUGGUGCGCAGCCCUCCCAGACCAUUGGGCGCUGGUCCGCUUCUACGAUAAGUGUGUCCGUGUGCCAGGUGCUGAGUUGUCCAGGAUCAAGGAGCUGGUGGAAGGGUGCGCGGACGAUUUGCUGGAGUCCCUGAGAAGUGUGUGUAACCGGGAUCUGGACAUGGAAGUGAAGGAGUGCAUUGGCAUCGGGAGCUUAUAUGAGAACUGGAGGGUCAGGAGGCCCUUGGUGUGUGACUUGAUUGUACCCUUCACUCCCCCAGAACCUUACCAAUUCCGAGCAGAAGUGACAUGCCCUGGGGGAGGGCUGGGGAUAGCUUCAGGGGGAGGGGUCCCUGGGGAGCUUGGCACUGGGAUGGUCCGUGUAAUUAAUCCUGAAGAGGACUCAACCGGCUGUGUCUGCGGCCGGACCCAGCUGGUGGAGGACAUGCUGUGUCUGGUGCAUAGUGAGAACGCUCUGGAGACCAGACUGGCAGGCUCUGAACAAAAAGACCAGCUGCUGUGGUCUGCCACUGCUCCCUAUUUGGGCAAGACUCAGGUCACCCAAUGGUUCCAGAGGGCCCUGACCAAAGCCUGGGCUAAGAUCUCACACAAGUACGACUUUGAGCUUUCCUUCCGAGAUCUGGAGAGGCCAGGAGCACUGAGGAUAAGAUUUCGCUCAGGGAAAACUGUGCAUUUCAGCCUGCUCCCUGUGGUGGAAUUUGAAAACUCUGAUGUUUACUUUAUGCCUCUGCUGGGCAGUGACGUGCCCCUUCUUGGCACUGCCCAUUCCAAUGACACAGCCUGGCCCUUUACGUUUGCUGUCUACGAGAAACGUUUUCUCAAGAUGAUGGCGAAGAAGCUUCCAGAAAGUUCUUGCCACCUGAUGUGUCUGCAAAUCGUCUCGUUUCUCCAUGAGAAACAGUGUAAUUUGACUGGGGCCAGUGGUCUCAGCCAGUACCACUUCAAGACUGCACUCCUGCACCUGAUGAUCAGCCAAGCCCCAGGAGCAUGGCACCGCUCCUGCCUCCAGCCUCGGCUCAGGGACCUGUUACGGUACUUGGACAAGGCACUGCUGGAGAAACGCCUGAACCAUUUCAUUAUCGGUAACACAGCCGUCCUCCCUGACUUUGACAUCCCAGACAACUUCCGCUCUGCCGAGCCCCUCAACCUGUUCCGUGGGUUUGUCACGCACCGUGCCUGCUUUCGGAAGGCGCGCUGGACCUGGACCGAGAUGCUGAGGAACACGGCGGUCCUGGUUCAGGAAUACGGUCUGGAAGAUCCCAGCCAGAACGGAAUCAGAGAAGACACAGCACAGCAGCAGAGCCCAGCUAACCCGAGAGAUCGGGAAGAGGGGAGAUCACUCUCCUAGGCAACAAAAGGGGCAGCUUCAGGCCAAAUUGAGCAGGGAAGGCAAAUGCAGGAGGGACUGAUCAUCCUUCACCUCAGGGAGGAUGGGGAUAGAAUGCAGACCACUCCUGAGAAAGAAUGAGAGAGACAGACAGACAUACCUUUUACUGAGGGGGAAGGAUUCUUGAGUGAAGAGACUGUGAGACUGGCUCCUGUAAUUUUAUUUAAUCAGCUUGUUCGGCCCUGUUAUAAUACACCUCCAGGACAAGAGGGGAUGUGAACCCUGAUCUUCUGGCCUCUGGGUCGGGACAAUCCAUCCGCGCUUUCAGAGCCUAAACACCUCCAUGCUGAACUGGCACAGCUGGCAAACUCACUAAUGCUGGCAGCUCAGAACCAGUUGCCUGCAGCCACUGUUGGAUUUGUUAGAGUCUAUUUUGUUUUAAAUAUUUGUUGCUUAACAGAUAAGAAUAAAUAUCAUUGCUGAGCAGCUUCAAUUUA